GCAAAACUAUGAAAAUGGAGCAAAGAUCAGAUGGACCUCCCUCCCGUGCAACGAACUUCGCAACCCAAAACGACAUGGUUCCUUUCGUGAGAACCCUGACAGAGUGCACUACUCAGGUGCUAACAUUUGCAAAGGGGCUCCCAGGAAUUCGCUAUCUCCUGCAAGAUAUUCCCUUUGCGGAAACUUGUCGUUUACUAAGUUCGGGUGGUGGCUGUUUUCUCAAAAGUGCUGCCGAGGCCACUAUCCAUUCAACAAACAAAGCAGCCAGGCAAUCUGGUCAGGCGGUCAUUUGGUGUACCGAAAUACUUGGCUGUUUAACAUUGGCCUCCUACACGGAAGACAAUCUAGGAUCCGUUCAAACUUCUCUUGGUCUAAUUAUUGGCACUUUGGAUGAAAUAUUAGAAGCACUCGAACUGCAUUUCCAUCUGGUAGGGCUUGUCCCCUCCAAGAACACGCCCCUUUCGGAUUUCCUAUACGCUGACGCUGGCCCUAUUGGAAACCUAGAUAAGAGACCGGGAGAAGUUGCCUUUUUCCCCAAAUCGACAACACCGGACUCGAACAAUGAAACUCAGGACACACCGUACUACCGUUACGCGUCCGACCCCCUUUUGCCAUGGCGCAUACAUGCAACUGACCAUUCAGAUGGACGUGAGACGAAGAAGAAGGUUGGAGCAGCUGUGGAACACGUUAUCAGCCUCGAACAACGCUUCCUUUUAGAAGCUGGUUUCGGAAGAAAAAAGCAGAUUGCAUUUGAACAGAAAGCAGAUCGAGAGUUCCGUGCCUCGAACGAAUUGCCCGAGGAGGUCAUGAUGACGAACCCAACAAAUGCAUUAAAGCAUAAACUUGAUGUAUAUUAA